CUCCCCAGUCGUCUUAAUUAUUUCAAUUAGCAAUCACGUUUCCUCAAAGUCAUGAGUUAUUAUUUCAUGGACUUUAUGUUCUUUUCGCUUUCGUCCUGUAUCUGAAUCCUCUGCAGGAUUAAGUUGUUUUGCUGCUAUCGUACAACUCUUCGCUCGUCUCCCCCUUCUUAGUCUAAGUUUUACUCAGAAUUGCAAUCUGAAUACACCAUUGUAUUCGUCUCGUCGAGAGGAGAAAAAUGGUAUUUUUUGGGAAUUUUUUGAAAACCGGAAGCCACCACACACGCCACCUACACGCCGGUGGUGAGGAGCUCGCUGACGUCAUCGCUGAUGUCAUCCGGCAGCAGUUUCCGGGGAAGAAGAAGACCUGCAUCAUUGCUGACAUCACCAGCGAGUCAGCGCCGCAUCAUCGACACACACGCAAUCUUUGCCUAGUCAGCAGCCCGUGUGUCAGCCACAUCAACCGCAUGGCGUGCAGUUUGUAUACCGUGGGAUCAUCCCAUGGUGAGCACCAUGCUCCAGGCCAAAAAACGAUGCAAUUUUGAUCAAUUUAAAAAAAAUCGUGUGAACAGUACACGUGUAUAAAGUAACUGUUUUUUUCUUUUUGUCCAAGUAGCAUGAACGAUGUAACUCGUGUGUAACGAAAUGCAACUCAC